GCCGCUGGUUGGCAGAGGCUUGCAGGCUCAAUACAGCGAUCAUUUCACCGGUCAAUAUGCACAUGCGGAAUAGUUCUGUUGCGUUCCUUCUCUUUCUGCCCCGUUUAAUCAACUUGAAAUAUCUACGUUUUUCAUUUCGCCCCGUUCACCUAUACACUUACUGAACAAUUAGGAAGGAUAGGAAAAAAAAACCCUGUAUAUCUCGUCAUAAUAUGGAUCCAGCCAGUCUGACAAUUGGAAUCAUUGGUUUAUCGACAGUACUCCUCACGACGGUCAGAAAGCUUCGGGAGACAGUCCAGGACGUUAGGUACGCGCAGGGUGACCUCUCUGAUGUUCAUGAGGAAAUUGAUCUCUUCGCUGGAACAUGCGACGACUUCUUGGAUGUGUGUGAUGGAGAUCCAUCGAUUUCGGAACGCACCCAGAAGCUAAAGCUACAAUUAAUCUCUUGGACUACACGGACGGUACAAGGUUUCGAUAGUCUACUCGACAAAGUGCAGGCAGUCGCAAGGAAUCCUGAAGACGAUUACUCCGCUAUCGAGGUUCUCAUUGCUCAUGUCGUAUGGCUUCGGAGCAAGGGCACGUUGAAGUACCUCCGUGCUUCCCUUAGCGUGGCAAGACAAAAUAUGAUCUGCUUUACAAACACCCGCAUUAUCGAAAAGCUAAACGUGGACCUGGCUCAUCUCAAGUCUGUGUUGUCUUCGACCAAGACCGAAAAACGACGCGUCGAAAUGCUGUACGACAUGACAGUGGAGGAGCGCAUUGCGAUAACACAACAUAAGAUUCGUAAACGCCACGCUCAGCGAAGCAAAAUUAAAGCAGUCCUAAAGGAAGCAAUUAAAGAAGUGGCAAUACAUGAAAAGAACAUCAAAGAUCCAGACUUCGCCCCACAAACGAAACCACUACUGCAAUUUCGAAAUACGGUAUCCCAAUACGUCAAUGAUGUUGUUUUUCAAGAGAAAAUCGACCGACGGGCUCGUCGGUCGGAUCAGGGUAGCUCGUUCAUCACGUCCCAGUCAACUGCUACCACACCCGCACAAUCUACACAGUCUUCGCAUCAUCAGGCGUCUGCACCAGAAUCCCCUUCCACGUCUCCCGAACCCCACAACAGCCCGCAACGAUAUGUUCCUUCGGAAUGGGGAUCGCACAUAGAUCUACCCAUCCCGCCUGUCAUAAUUCCACCGCAUUUCAAGCCAUUCAAGCCGCUCAAGCCCGUCCAGCCGCUCAAGCCCAUUAAUAAUGGAACAAAAGGGAGAGCGUGUUCCUGUCCUAUCAGGCAACAAACGCGAAGAAGCAGCAAAACCCCAUCAUCUCCAUUGAACCCGCGUCGCGAGAUGGAUAAAAACAACCCAACAGAGCCCAGUACCCAACCCGUAAGGGAAGACAGCGCAGGGACCAAUGCUCAGCCUGUCAUUCACGAGGAGAAUGAAGAAAACUCACAAGAUGAGACUUCGGAAGAAGGCGAUCCAACAAAUGAGCAAGCUAGGAAGGCGGGACCGAGCAUUUGGCAGGCUACUGGUGCGUUUGAGGGAGAUAUGCCAAGGGGUCUUUCCAUACGGCGGCAGAGGAGUCAGUCACCUCAGGACUUUUGGUAGGAGACUGUACACACCGCGGGUGUUCGCACAAAUACGAGCGUGUCGGUCUGAAGAAGUGAUCGAGUCAAGGCGGAUUGGAAGACGGAGUUAUGAAUGUACAGCA